AUGAUACAAUAUCUAUCAAGAUUCAUCCCAGGUCUUUCAGCAGACCUACAACCAAUAACAGAACUGACUAAGAAACACAAGCUAUUCGUGUGGUCGAAUGACUGUGAGAAAGCAUUUAAUAGUGUCAAACAGAAGAUAUCCAAUCAUGGAACUCUAAGUUAUUUCGACCCGGAGAAGAAAGUAACUAUUCAGGCGGACAGCAGUCAAAAUGGCUUAGGAGCUGUACUACUACAAGAUGACAAACCCAUAGCAUACACAUCAAGAUCACUCACAGAGCCUCAGAAAAAGUGGGCUCAAAUCGAAAAGGAACUCUUGGCUGUAGUGGUAGCUCUAGAAAAAUUUGACCAGUACACGUACGGCAGAACAAUAAUAAUACAGAAUGAUCAUAAACCAUUGGAAAAUAUACUCAAUAAACCCCUCAGUUGUGCACCUAAAAGGCUUCAAAGCUUAAUGAUGCGUUUGUACCGAUACGAUGUUCAGUACCAGUAUACCAAAGGAAACAGAUUACAGAUUGCCGACACGCUAAGCAGAGACCCUUUGCCAGAGCAGGAAGAUUUUCCUGACACCUCUAUCAACACUGUAGUACUGGCCCUCCCAGAUAUAAUGUUAAAUAAAGUUAAAGAUGCAGUCAAAAUAGACAAUGAGAUGCAGAUGUUGAAACAGUACAUACUGAAUGGUUGGCCAGACAAGCAUCAUAUUAUACCAGAACUUAAACAGUAUUGGUCACUUGCAGAUGUACUGACCUAUGAGGAUGGCCUUCUAAUGAAAGGGGAGAGAAUAGUUAUCCCAAGAGCAUUAAGAAAAGAAGUUGAAACCAAACUACAUGCAGCACAUUUAGGGUAUGAUGCCAUGAUGAGAAGAGCAAGGGACGCAGUUUUCUGGCCGGGAAUAGCGGCAAGAAUAAAAGAAAUAGCCAAUGCAUGCCAACCUUGUCAGCAAAGUAAACCUGCAAACCAGAAAGAAAGCUUAAUACAGCAUAAUGAGGGUUCAAAUCCCUGGGACAAAGUUGGAAUCGAUUUGUUUCAAAUAUUUGACCAACAAUACCUUGCCAUAGUUAACUACUAUUCAAAUUUUAUUGAAGUAGAACAUUUGCACACGACAACAAGCCAAGUUGUUAUAAGAAAACUAAAAAAUUUGUUUGCCAGAUAUGGAGUCCCCAAAGUGUGCAUCAGUGAUUUUGGACCUCAGUUUUCAUCUGCUGAAUUCACCGCAUUUAUGGAAGCAUGGGGUGUCCACCAUUUAAAAUCCUCACCAGGACAUCAUCAGUCAAACGGCAAGGCAGAGGCAGCAGUGAAAAUAUUAAAGAAUCUGAUGAAAAAAUCCAAAGAAAGUAAAUCAGAUGCUUAUGAAGCCCUACUAGAGUUUAGAAAUACACCCAGGCAAGAUACCAAUUUAAGUCCGGCUCAGAUGCUCUUUGGAAGGGCAACAAGAACGCUAUUGCCAAGAAGAGAGCAUCCUGCAAGAAUGUCACACCAAGAAGCCACGGCCAAACGGGAGAAGCGACAGCAAAGUGUUAGAAAACACUACAACAAAACAGCUCAUGACAUGAAGCUUAUAAACGUCGGACAGAAAGUCUUCUAUCAAUCGCCAAAUGAUACUACCUGGAGACAAGGCAGAGUAUGUCGGAAAGUGAACGAACGUGCGUACAUUAUAGAAGGUGAAAAUGGUUUUAAGUACCAAAGAAACAGAAGGCACCUAAGACCUGACACCACUAACAACAUAGACUUUUCUCAAGACAGAGAAAGUAAUUGUUCUGACAUUUUCCCAGACGCAGAGAAUGAGUGUAUUAACAGUCCACCCAACGCCCAAAACACUCAUCAGUACUCUCUGCGACCUAGGGCCACUCUCCGGAAAACGUCGAGAUAUGAAGACUAUGUUUAA